UAAUAAUAAUAAUAAUAAUAAAGGAUUCUGGUGAGAGAGAAAGAGAUAGAGAGAGAGAGAGAGAGUAGGAAAAGAAAGGUGAUGAAGGCGAUGAAGAAUUCCACAAACGCAGCAACAGCAACAACACCAACACCAAUUCCCCGUACAAAUGGAAUCAUCGUCUUUCUUCUUAACCGCAACCACUCUUUACUCUUCUUUUCUCCACCAACCAAUUAUUUCCUCUCUCUUCUUCUCCAUUUUCAUUCUCCUUUUCUAGCUAUCCCUUUCUCUUUCCCUCUCUAUCUCUAUUCACUCUUUAUUCCCUUUCUUUCCAUCCAUUCUUGCUGCUGAGAUCUUCUUCCAUCUCUCUUUGCUACUCUAGUACCAUAAUCGGGUCUGUUCUCUUUUGGGGUUUUUUUUUUCUGUUUGUUUGGCGAGAAAGAAAAUUCUGGGAAGGGGAAAAGAAAGAAAAAUAAGAUGGAUAUGUUUGGAGGUGAUAAUAGCACUAGUCCUUUGUUCCCUGCUUUGGUUGAGGAGAACCAGCUUCAGUAUCCUCCCAAUGCAUUCCCUCAGCUGCAAUUAUUUGCAGAUUGUGAUUAUACAGUUGGCUGCAAUGUUGGUCAGAUGAACCAUAUGGCGAACAAGCAUAUAGCUUCAACAGACCUACCAAAUCAUAGAAGACUCCCAGAGACAGAUUCCAAUUUAGUACAACAAAAAAAUCUGAUAUCUAUUAAUAAUUACUUUUGUCAAGAUAAAGCUGGUCACUCUGGAAGCAUUUUGAACCCAAACCCUGUGUCGACCGGCCUUAAACUUUCAUAUGAGGAGGAAGAACACAACUCUUCUGUUACUUCAGCUAGUGAGAAUUUAAAAGCUGUUCUCCCUGUUAUUUCCUCAGUCAAUGACAAUCUGAAGGUCGAGAUUGAUCGGCAGAAAGAAGAAUUUGACCAGUUCAUUAAAGCUCAGGAAGAGAAGAUCUUCAAGGGUGUAAUGGAGAUGAGGCAAAGACAGACAGUUUCCUUUCUAAACGCAGUUGAGAAAGGAGUUACCAGGAAGUUACAUGAAAAGGAAACUGAAGUAGAAAACAUGAAUCGCAGGAACAAGGAACUAAUGGACAGAAUCAAGCAGAUCACUGUGGAGGUUCAGACUUGGCACUACAAAGCAAAAUACAACGAGUCUGUAAUCAAUUUCUUGAAGAGCAACCUACAGCAGGUGAUAGCACAAGGUGCCAUACAUGUAAAGGAGGGCUGCGGGGACAGCGAGGUAGAUGAUGCAGCCUCUUACACAAACAUGAAUCAUCUCGGCUCUGUGGGUGUCUCUGGAUCUGCGGUUACUGGUAAACCGAUCAACUGCAGAGCUUGCAAGGUUAGAGAAGUUUCAAUCUUGUUGUUACCUUGUAGACACCUUUGUAUGUGCAAAGAUUGUGAAGGGUUUAUUGAUGUAUGCCCUGUCUGCAACAUAGUGAAGACUGCAAGUGUGCAAGUAUACAUGUCUUAAAGUUGUAAUAUGUUAAUGAGGGAAUGUAUAUUUUAUUUAUUUUAUUAAUACACUUACUUGUAAUUGUCUUUCCCUAAUUGGAAGGAUUUAUUUAUUUUAUUUAUGAUGUUUACUACAA